AUGAGUGAGAAAGAAAUUGCACCACAAAUACGAAACGGUAGAGUAAAAUGGUGGUUACGUAACGUCAUAUGUCCAUUACUAUUUACAAUAAUAUCCUUCAAAUUAAGAUUACAAGAUAUUGAUGCUAAUGGAUCAGUUGUUUGGGAUGAGGCUCAUUUUGGGAAGUUCGGUUCCUACUACAUUAAACAUGAAUUUUAUCAUGAUGUACAUCCUCCUCUAGGGAAAAUGUUAAUUGGUUUAAGUGAAUGGAUUGCUGGUUUCGAUGGAGAUUUUGGAUUUGAAUCAGGUAAACAUUAUCCAUCUGAAGUAAAUUAUAAAAUCAUGAGACAAUUCAAUGCAGUAUUUGGUGCAUUAUGUGUACCAGUGACCUAUUAUACUACUCUAUGGAUGGAUUUUAAAUUCAUGACUACUUUGUUAGUCACUACUAUGGUCACUUUAGAACAUUCAUAUAUCGUCCUAUCGAAAUUCAUAUUAUUAGAUUCAAUGCUUUUAUUUUUCACAUUGACAACAUUCGCAUGUCUUUGUAAACUUAAUAGUUUAAGACAGGAACAAUUGACCAAAAAAUGGUCUCUAUGGUUAUUGUUGACAGGUGUCAAUAUUGGUUGUGUUUGUUCAGUGAAAUGGGUUGGGUUAUUCAUUACAGUUAUAGCUGGUAUUUACACAGUGAUCGAUUUAUAUCGUCAUUGGUGUAAUCCUAAAUUAGAUAGAGUUCGUUACUAUAAGCAUUGGCUUAUUCGUAUCAUAUAUUUGAUUCUGAUCCCAUUCUUGAUCUAUUUAUUCUGUUUCAAGAUCCAUUUUGCACUCCUAUAUAAAUCAGGUACAGGUGAUUCCUCUACAAACACUCUAUUCCAAGUGAAUUUAGAAGGUACAAAGAUCAAACAAGGCCCUAGAAAUCUUUUAUUUGGAUCGCAUUUCACGAUGAGAUCUCAUGGCCUAAGUCCAAAUCUGUUACAUUCUCAUCCUCAAUUAUAUCCAGAAGGUUCUCACCAGAGACAAAUUACCGGGUAUGCUCAUUUUGAUAAUAAUAACGUUUGGGAAUUCCAAUUCAUCAGAGGACAAAGAUAUGAACUUGGAAAAUUGUAUUUUAUUAGUGACGGUGCAGAAGUUAGAUUGAUCCAUAAUAAUACCCGUUCUAAUUUACAUUCUCAUAAAGUACCAUCUCAUGUAUCUCGUGGUAAUUGGGAAGUAUCAGGUUAUGGUAAUGAUGCCGAUGGUGAUGAUCAUGAUAAUUGGGUCAUAGAAAUCGUUGAUCAAUUACCCUCUGCGAACCCUGAUUACCCAAAGGAAGAUGACAACAUUGUACAUCAAUUUUCUACUUUCAUUAGAUUAAGACACAAAUCACUUGGUUGUUAUUUGACCUCUACUGGAUUAUCUUACCCAACUUGGGGGUUCUCACAAGCAGAAAUUGUUUGCAAGAAUUCAUGGAGUAAAAGAGAUAAAUCUACUUGGUGGAAUAUCGAAGAACAUUGGAAUGAUAACCUUGCCGUGGAUGAAGAGUACGUUCCACCAAAAUCUAAAUUCUGGACAGAUUUUAUUCUGAUAAACUUUGCAAUGGCAUCUUCAAAUAAUGCAUUGGUUCCUGAUCCUGAUAAAUAUGAUAGCAUUGCAUCUGACGCAUGGGAAUGGCCAUUAUUACACAGAGGUUUACGUUUAUGUGCCUGGUUGAAGGAUACUCACAGGUACUACUUAUUAGGAUCCCCUUUCAAUACAUGGAUAUCAACAUUAGCGAUCUUUAUUUUCAUGUUUAUCAUGGUUAGAAUUGCAUACAAAUGGAGAAGACAAAGUAUAGUUUUGACUGAGGAUGAUUUCUGGUCCUUAUUAAUACAAGCAAUACUACCAUUCAUGGCCUGGUUGGCUCAUUAUUUACCAUUUGCAAUAAUGGGUAGAGUUACAUACGUCCAUCAUUAUGUGCCUGCAUUAUAUUUUGCCAUUUUAAUAUUUGGAUUCGUAGUUGACUACAUGUUUGGUUCAACAAGAUCAUACAUUAAAUACCCGGUAUACUUGACUUUAAUGGGAGGUUGUAUUUAUAUAUACAUCCUAUUUGCGCCAAUCUGUCAAGGUCUUCAAGGGUUAGGUGCAAAAUACUUGAAGUUACAAUGGCUACGCACAUGGGAUAUCGUCAUCUAA